AUGAUAGUAUUUAUCUCAACAUCGGCCAUCCUUACAGUGUUGGCCACAGGACUUCAGUUUGUGGGGAUUUUUUUGCCCACCUGGUGGCGAUCCCCAUUUGUAUGGGAGAGCAACAACCAAGGUUACUAUACCUACGGACUCUGGGAACUUCCUUGGAAAACGGAAAAAUGUGAUGAUGGUCAUUGCAUCGAACUAAAAAAUCAAAGAAUCGACACUCCCGCUUGGUUGGUAUUCACCCGGAUCUUUGAGCUUUUAGGCGCUGGUUUUGGAUUAAUGAUUAUCAUCAUGAUGCUCAUUUGGUUGAUUUUGUUGGGACCAAUGCACAAUAAAUAUUUAAAAACAGCCAAAAAACUCGGACUUAUAUCGUCAUUUUUGCAAAUUGGCACUGGUAUUUGUAUCAACGUUGGUAUCCUGAUCUUGGUGAUAAAAACGACGCCCAGUGAUAUACUGAUUGGCACUUUCCUCAGUGGAAUUAGUUUUAUCAUCUUCUGUAUUGGAGGUGCCAUCUCUUACCAUUGCGUUAAACAAAUGCCAUCAUCCUACGACAAUCCAGAGACGAACUGUACAGAUUCCUCAUUGUCUAUCAUUAGCCCUCCAGCUUAUUGUGAUCCCCCACCAUCCUACGAAGAAAUAAUGGGUGUCCAUUAUGCAGCUGACAAUCCCUCUCUAGUAGUCGAUGCUGAAAUGGCCGAAACAACCAGCAAAUAA